UCAACAGCAGCAACAGUUAGUCAGCCACCACGUUAGCUUGCUAGACAAAAUAGCAGAACCAAUAAAUCUAUUUAGACGCUUUAGUGUAUAUUAACCACUGUGUUUUAAACCCACUUCCUUCGUCUAGUUAGUUAUCCGAUUUAAUAUCAUAUUUACGGUGUUGUUGUUAUUAGUCAGUUAGCGGGCUGGUUAAGUUAGCAUUAGCCUCGCUAGCUAACAUUCCCGACCAUGAGCUCACAAAGGUUCUCCCCUCCUGAUGAAAACGAGGAGGUCUGCUGGACGGAAAAAGAGGGGCUGUGGCUGAACGUUGUUGUGAAAGAGGAGGCAGAGGAGGAUGUCACAAUACAAAAACAAGUGGAGGGUGAGGCUGUUACAGUGAAAGAAGAAGAGAAUGACGUUUCAGUAAAAGAAGAGGAAGAUGCGUUCAGAGUGAAAGAGGAAGUUACAGUAAAAGAAGAGGAGGAAGAGGAUGAUGCAUGUUUUCGAGUGAAAGAGGAGGAGGGGGAGAUGACUGUGACAUUGAAAAAGGAGGAGGAAACUGGAUAUUUGGGCUCGGUUUCCCAAAGGAAUGUUAACUCAUCCAAUGGUUCUAAAGUUGAACGGGCCCUGAUUAAUACUAGAGAGAGACAGGACUAUCGUGGAUCCUCUGGGGAGUCUCAACAACAACAACAUGAUGCUGAAGAGGCAGAGAAGAGUCUCUUCAGAUCAGAACACCUCAAGAAACAUCAGCAGAGACCCACAUUGACGAAUCCUUACUGCUGCUCUGACUGUGAGAAGAAUUGCAAAUCUUCAUCAGAACUUAAAAUACACCAGAGAAUCCACACAGGAGAAAAGCCGUACCACUGCUCUCAUUGUGGAAUGAGUUUCUCUAGAUCAUAUUCAUUGAAAACACACCUGCUAAUUCACACAGGAGAGAAAUCUUAUAGCUGUACUCAAUGUGGAAAGAGUUUUACUACAUCUUCCAAUCUGACUAAACACCAGAAAACACACACAACAGAGAAACCUUAUAGCUGUGAUCAAUGUGGGAAGAGUUAUGUUACAUCUAGCUAUCUGACUUUACACCAGAGAACACACACAGGAGAGAAAUCUUACAGCUGUGAUAAAUGUGAUAAGAGUUAUGUUACAUCUAGCUCUCUGACAGUACACCAGAGAACACACACAGGAGAGAAACCAUUUAGCUGUAAUCAAUGUGGGAAGAGUUUUACUACAUCUAGCUCUCUGAAGGUACACAAGAGAACACACACAGGAGAGAAACCCUGUAGCUGUACCCAAUGUGGAAAGAGUUUUACUCGGUCAAGCUCCCUGCAAAUGCACCAGAGAAUACAUACAGGUGAGAAACCAUAUAGCUGUAAUCAAUGUGGGAAGAGUUUUACUCAGCCAAAUGGACUGAUAUUACACCAGCGCACACACACAGGAGAGAAACCGUAUAGUUGUACUCAAUGUGGGAAGAGUUUUAUUCAGGCAAGCUGCCUGAAAGUACACGUGAGAACGCACACAGGAGAGAAAUCUUAACACUGCUCUGACUGCAACAAGCGUUUUGUUAGCUUAAGUGAUUUAAAAUCGCACUAGAGAACACAUACACAGGAGAGAACCCUUAUAGCUGUGAUCAAUGUGACAAACGAUACUUUGAUAAAAGAUCUCUGAUCAGACAUCAGAAAAUACAUACAUGAAAGAGUUGUUUUAAUAAUGUCACAAUGUAGAACCUAAACGUUUAUUCCCUGUUCUAUUGAUUUCAGCGUGAUAUGGAUAUUAGCCUCAGGGAAAAAUCCAGGCUCUGAAUUGAAAGAGUAUUAUUUAUAUGAUUUAACAAAAAGUGACUAACACAAAAAGAGUUGUUACACUUAUCACGUUGGUGACCCACUUGAAUCAAAAUGCAACACUUCAAAAUGUACAGUUGAAGUUGGAAGUUUACAUACACCUUAGCCAAAUACAUUUAAACUCUGUUUUUCACAAUUCCUGACAUUUAAUCCUAAUUAAAAUUCCCUGUCUUAGGUUAGUUAGGAUCACCACUUUAUUUUCAGAAUGUGAAAUGUCAGAAAAAUAGUAGAGAGAAUGAUUUAUUUCAGAUUUGAAUUCUUUCAUCACAUUCCCAGUGGGUCAGAAGUUUACAUACACUCAAUUAGUAUUUGGUAGCAUUGCCCUUAAAUGUUGUAACCUGGGUCAAAUGUUUUGGGUAGUCUUUCACAAGCUGCCCACAAUAAGUUGGGUGAAUUUUGGCCCAUUCCACGUCAAAGAGCUGGUGUAACUGAGUCAGGUUUCUGGGCCUCCUUGCGCGUACACACUUUUUCAGUUCUGCCCAAAGAAUUUCUAUAGGAUUGAGGUCAGGGCUUUGUGAUGGCCACUCCAAUACCUUGACUUUGUUGUCCUUAAGCCAUUUUGCCACAACUUUGGAAGUAUGCUUGGGGUCAUUGUCUAUUUGGAAGACCAAUUUGCGACCAAGCUUGAGCUCUGUCCUGGGCAGGUGCUCUAUCCAAGUUUUAACUUCCUGACUGAUGUCUUGUUGCUUCAAUAUAGCCACCAAAUUUUCCUUCCUCACGAUGCCAUCUAUUUUGUGAAGUGCACCAGUCCCUCCUGCAGCAAAGCACCCCCACAACAUGAAACUGCCACCCCCGGGCUUCACGGUUGGAAUGGUGUUCUUCGGCUUGCAAGCCUCCCCCUUUUUCCUCCAAACAUAACGAUGGUCAUUAUGACCAAACAGUUCUAUUUUUGUUCCAUCAGACCAAAAAGUAUGAUCUUUGUUCCCAUGUGCAGUUCCAAACCGUAAUCUUGCCUUUUUAAGGAGCAGUGGCUUCUUCCUUGCUGAGCGGCCUUUCAAGUUAUGUCAAUAUAGGACUCGUUUUACUGUGGAUAUAGAUUAUUUUGUACCUGUUUCCUCCAAAAUCUUCACAAGGUCCUUUGCUGUUGUUUUGGGAUUGAUUUGCACUUUUCACACCAAAGUACGUUCAUCUCUAGGAGACAGAACGUGUCUCCUUCCUGAGUGGUGUGACUGCUGCGUAGUCCAAUGGUGUUUAUACUUGCGUACUGUUGUUUGUACAGAUGAACGUGGUACCUUCAGGCGUUUGGAAAUUGCUCCUAAGGAUGAACCAGACUUGUGGAGGUCUACAAUUUUUUUCUGAGGUCUUGGCUGCUUUCUUUUGAUUUACCAAUGAUGUCAAGCAGAGGCACUGAGUUUGAAUGUAGGUCUUGAAAUACAUCCACAGGCACACCUCCAAUUGACUCAAAUUAUAUCAAUUAGCCUAUCAGAAGCUUCUAAAGCCAUGACAUCAUUUUCGGGUAUUUUCCAAGCUGUUUAAAGGAACAGUCAACUUAGUGUAUGUAAACUUCUGACCCACUGGAAUUGUGAUACAGUGAAUUAAGUUAAAUAAUCUGUCUGUAAACAAUUUUUGAAAAAUAACUUGUGUCAUGCACCAAGUAGAUGUCCUAACUGACUUGCCAAAACUAUAGUUUGUUAUCAAGAAAUGUGUUGAGUGGUUGAAAAACGAGUUUUAAUGACUCCAAACUAAGUGUAUGUAAACUUCCGACUUCAACAGUAGCUGUUUACCACGUUGCUGACCCACUUGAAUCAAAAUGCAACACUUCAAAAUGUAUCAAGCUGUUUUCUACUAAGUUGUCCUCUUACCAGUGAUGUACACAUUAUUCCCAGAUUUCAUGUGGUUUUUGAGCUGUUAGGUUUAACAGGACGUGCAAUCUCAUCUCCCCCUUUUUCGCGCAAUUGAUUUAAACUUGAUCUCGAUGAAUGAUGACAAAUAAGUGUUGCGUUCCUUACAUUUAAAUGCAUCACUCCAAAAUGUGGCUGACUGCCUUCUGCAGGUUGUCCUCUAACCAGUGAGGUAAAAGAUAUCUCCCAUUUCCAUGUGUUUUUGUUUUUGUUGUGUUAGUUUCAACAGCAUGUAGAACUGAUUUCCCCCGUAAUCGAUAUCAGUGAUGUGUUGCUACUUGUCAAAAACAACAGCGUUUCUGGUGCUUGUGCAGUUUAAAAGGUGAUAUGUGUAAAUAAUAGAUUGAAUGUUUAGGUUUUCAAUUUAUCACAAACUGUUUCUGCAUAUUAGUUGUUGAUUUAGACACCCCACUUAAUGCAAUUGAAAAGACGUUGAAAAUAAGACUAUGCCCAAUACUCGGUUGUAGUUGAAAGUGAAAAUUGAGAUGUUUUUCUGGUCGUUUUUUUCAAUGACUUGAAAACUACUUAAUUUCAACGUACUUGCAGCCUAUACACAUGGACGCAGUACAAGAAAUUGGUCUAUUAUCAAUUGUAUUAACAAUCUUACAACACCACUAUUUCUUGACAACAUUCAAGUGGAAAUUGUCUUUAUUCUACUACUGAAGAAGCAUGUCUCAAAUCACCUCAUAUUUCAAACAUCAGCCUGACAAAAGACAUGUUUUAUUAUUCCAUGCCUCACCAUUAAGUUAAUUAUUGCCAAAACAUAUUAACAAAGGGGUGUACAUUUGGUUUUGAUGUUUCAUAUUUACAAUUCAUGUAACAUUUAGUAAUCAUAAUUGUUUAUGCAACAAACUGACAAUAUUUGGGUACAAUUAUAUUGACAUUGUUGCCCUGCUUUUAGAAUAUCAGGGUUCAUUCUCAGAUGUGCAAAUCCAAAUGUACUAGAGCAUGACAUUGGGGACUGGGACCAGAUCCAACAACAUGCCUAUCGAGUGAACCCUGAAAAGAGAGAGAAUCUCCACAAUGAGGUAGAAAGUUACUACAGAUAUUGCAGGAGUUUCCUCUUGAAAUCAGACAUGUCUGUGGUAAGGACAACUUGGUUUCUGAUUGUCUCUGGGGUGGGCAGUCAAAAAGAUUUGUGUUGUGAUCACAAUUUAUUUUGACUGCAUGUUUUUCCGUAUUGGAGAUGAUGUUUGUUUGGGCUCGUUCCAAGGGGACGAGAGUUCUAGAAACGAGUGAGUUUUUCAAAAAAUAAGAUUGUAGAAAAAAUAUAUAUAUUUAGACGUGUUUUUUCCUGUUUUUAAUUGUUGGCAGCCAGUAGACACCAUGUUUAUAUUGGUGAAGCAUUGUAGUUGAUUAUAAUGUGAAAUGUUGUUUUCUGUAGGAGGUGAGCAAAUUUGUCCAAGAAAAAUAUGGGAUAUAUUUGUUCUCUUAAGGUGUUACAGGCUUUGGUUUUUCCAUUUAUGUUUUGAGGUAGGACUUUAGCACGUAUAGCUUGUUAGCACGUCGGAUGCACUGACUGGUGUCACCUCGUUAGUCAGUAUGUGUUACACCUGUGCUGGCUUGUCCAUCUCGUUAGUGGGAAGGUGUUUCACCUGAGUUGGUCCAGGUUAUAUUUAAGAGUGUCUGGCCCAGUGCUCCAGUUGUCUUGAUAGAUGUGGAGAGUCAUCACCUUUAGUUGCUCCACCUUUUUGGUUUACUUUCUGUCUGUAAGUUUGGUGUGGGUUUUUCUUUUGUUUGCCUCUUCUUGGGAAGAUUUAGUGGGUCUCGUAGUGUCUUUCAGAGCCUUUCCUAAAAAACAAGUUAUAUUUUGGGUUGGAUUUAGCAUCAUAUUUUUAAUAUUUUAAUCAAUGGCAUUUCCUUAAAAUGCUCUUUAGUCUUUCAGUUGUUAUUCUGUUUUUAUCCUCUUGUUUGUGUACUAAAUAUUUCUCUUUCAUUGUUUUUUCCUGUGAAGCCGUUGUUGCAUCCAUGUCUGAAAUGUGCUGUAUAAAUAAAGUUUGAUUUGAACAUUU